AUCUACCACAUCAAUACCAGCAUUAUAUUAAAAUCAAUUUAAAACUUGUAAACUACAGUUACUUUAACUUUUCGACAAGAUGUCGGCCGAAAUUGAGGAAUUACUGAAGCGUUACCAGAACUAUCCAAAUGUUGCUGGCGUUAUUAUUUUGGACCCGUUCGCCAUACCCAUCAAGACGACCAUGGAAUACACCUUGACUGUCCAUUACGCGGCCCUGAUUAGCACGUUGACCUACAAGGCGGCCAAAAUGGUCUCCAAUUUGGAUGCGAGCAACGAGCUGAUGACCAUACGCCUGCGCACCAAGGUCCACGAGGUGAUAGUGCUGCCCUCUGAGAACUACAUCAUCAUUGUGGUCCAGAACCCGGGCACUUGAUUGCCAUUCUCAUGCUAACCAAACCAUGUACAGUCCAAUAAACCAUAUAUUUACCGUGUUUU